UGCUCGCUGGCUGGUGCUGGUGACGCAGGAUGUGAGAUGUGAAGCGUGCCCCAUCAUCCCACGAGCGAAACGAGGGAAAAAAGUUACGAGUUCCCCUUGAAUUUCACUAUUGACAACCAUGUCAGGAGACGACGACCAGCAGGAGCAGACCGUUGCUGAUGACUUGGUGGUUACCAAGUACAAGAUGGGGGCUGACAUAGCAAAUCAGGCUUUGAAAACUGUCAUCGAAGCAGCCAAGCCUGGCGUGUCUGUGCUCAGCCUCUGCGAGCAAGGAGAUGCUUUCAUCACUGCUGAAACGGGCAAGGUGUUCAAAAAGGAAAAAGAGAUCAAGAAAGGUAUUGCCUUUCCCACUUGUGUAUCUGUGAACAACUGUGUGUGCCACUUCUCACCUCUGAAAAGUGAUCCAGACUACACACUUAAAGAUGGUGACUUGGUUAAAAUCGACAUUGGAGUGCACGUGGAUGGCUUCAUCUCCAACAUCGCUCACAGCUUUGUGGUUGGUGCGACCAAGGAUGCUCCUGUGACAGGACGCAAGGCGGAUGUGAUCAAAGCAGCUCACUUGUGUGCAGAAGCUGCUAUCCGGCUGGUUAAGCCUGGAAAUCAGAACACUCAGGUCACAGAUGCCUGGAACAAGAUUGCCCAGUCAUUUAAAUGCACAGCUAUAGAGGGUAUGUUGUCUCAUCAACUGAAGCAGCAUGUCAUUGAUGGAGAGAAGACAAUUAUUCAGAACCCCAGUGAUCAGCAAAAGAAGGACCAUGAGAAGGCAGAAUUUGAGGUGCAUGAGGUGUAUGCUGUGGAUGUUCUCAUUAGCACUGGAGAGGGAAAGGCUAGAGACUCUGGCCAGAGAACCACCGUCUUCAAGCGAGACCCUAGCAAGCAGUAUGGCUUGAAGAUGAAGACUUCCAGGAUGUUCUUUAGUGAGGUGGAGCGUCGAUUUGAUACCAUGCCAUUCACUCUAAGGGCUUUUGAGGAUGAGGCUAAAGCUCGGCUAGGCGUAGUUGAGUGUGCCAAGCAUGAGCUGCUUCAACCCUUCAGUGUCCUGCAUGAGAAGGAAGGUGAAUUUGUAGCACAAUUCAAGUUUACGGUGAUGCUGAUGGCCAAUGGUCCUCUACGUAUCACCAGUGGACAUUAUGAUCCAGAGCUUUACAAGUCUGAGCAUGAAGUACAAGAUCCAGAGCUUAAGGCCUUGUUGCAAAGCUCAGCCAGCCGCAAGGCACAGAAGAAGAAGAAAAAGAAGGCAUCGAAAAAUGCAGAGAGCGCUACAGGACAGCCAAUGGAGGCUGAGAGCGAAGCUGCUGCAUAGACUCCCACUGCCAACCAAGAUGACUGACAUAGCCUCUGCACAGCCCAAAGAAAAAAUCAUUAAAGCUAAUUAUGACCUGCCCCAAUCAGAGGCCUUCUGGCCAAGCCUUCUGUUUAUUUGAAUACCUCCUCAUUAGCUAUAUAAGACUGCUGCAGAGUUUGUACAGUUUACUUAGUUUCCAAACUCUUGUUUGGUUGCUUCUCUUUGGAGUAGUUGCUACUCAUAUGAUCGGGAGGAUAAAAUGAGCAGGUAGAUACUGACUAAUUGUUUACAGAAGGCAACACUGGGGAUCUUUUGACCCUCUGAAGAGUUUCACCACCUUGUAAAAGCCAUCAUGAACAAUAAAAGUGUAACAAUGGCAUAUAUUAAGCAGCACUGCUACAAAGUGUGACUUGUGUAAUUUCAGAUAGGGUCCCUGUUUUAGGUCUGAAGAUUGCCUUUUUGUAAUGAGUUUUUGUCAAUUGGGAGUAAUUAUUAUAGUUUGUAUCGAUGACCUGUUAAGAGUAUUUGAAGCAGUUACUGCCUCACUACAGCUCGAAUAUAGCAAAAUAACUGCAACGAAAGCACUGUUAUUGAAUUUGGUAAGCUUUCCAUAUCUGUCGGAUGACAUUUGGCAUUCAUGUUUGUAAUUUUUCCCAAAUUACAAAAGCUUUUCCAGA